AUGUUUUUGCUAACUUGCUUUGCUCGAUCUUUCAAGGAUUCAGAUCCUCUUAUAACACAAGAUAUGGUUGAUGCAAUUAACAACGAUCCUAAUGCACCAUUCAAGGCAACACUUUAUCCAAAGUUUGCAAAAAUGACUGUUGGUGAUGCUAAGCGUUUCUUGUCACCAGUUCGCCCACCACCACAAAACCACGGCUCAGCUGUUCCAGUUGGUGCUAACGAAGAAUUCUUCAACUGGGUUGAUAACAACUACAUUACAGGUCUCACAAAUGUUGUCGCCUUUAAUGGAUGGAAUAAUGCUUCGAACCAAGAUGCAGAUCAGAGUCAUAUUUCAGGAGGCAGAUCUAUCCGUCCUAAUACCAGCAUUGUCAAAUUCCCAGUUUUUGAUGUCACAAAGUUGUGCAGCUCAUGGGCACCAGCAGUCACAUCUGCAAUGACAAUCUCUGUUUCACGUUGGGCCGGUCAAUUCGUCAACUUCUCUCUUCAGUACGUUCUUGAUUGUGACAUGCUCGGCGAUUCAUGCAUUGAACGUACUCCACUCAAUGCAUACCAACUCUUCUGGACAUACCAUCCUCCGGACUUCGAUAGCUGGGACAGACCAGGCGAUGAACACUCAGAAAGAAAAGAAUCUAUGCAAGCACCACGCUCUGAUUUCAAGAGAGCCAACUGUGCUAAUAACAGAUGCUAUCCAGGCUUGACAGGCUGCAAGCGUCACUGGGCACUCACAGGAAGCUGCAACCCAGGUGAUCCAGAAACAGGUUGCCCAAUCUACUUCCUUUAUAACUGGCGCUGGAUUAAAUCUCAUCUUUGGGAAGUUGGUGCAGUUACUUCUUCAAUCACUGUUUACCAAACUCUUUUCUCUUAUCAGGAUGGUGUUUACUCAAGCUAUUAUAAAUCAGCUGGAGGAGAUGGUUUUGAUAAUCAGGGAAUUCUUGGUAUGCUUGAUGUUACAAUUAUUGGAUGGGGCCAAAAAGAGUUGAAUUUAUCCACUAACAAUGAACUUUACACUAAGGAACUCCAAAGAUAUUGGUGGGUUAUUCCACACUUUGGAGUUAAAUUUGGUGUGAAAUAUGAUCCAUGUGAUGUCAAUUCACACAAAUGCGUAGAUAGGGCACUUGUUGCAGAAAGUGGAAAAACUAAAGUUACAACGAAAGACGAUCAAAUCAGAAUUGAUACAUUAAAUAUUGCUGGUUAUGGUGGUGGUGUACAAUCUGAUUCAGUUAAAGGUUUCAUAAAGUUCAACCGUAGAUUUGAUGACUGCAACAUUGAAUCACAUGCAGUUGGUGCUGUUCCAUACAACUUUGUUCCACUUCCACACAGAACACCAUCUCCAACAGAUGAUGAGACAACAUAA